ACGACAACAUUUUCGUUAGUGCAAUCGAGGUUUUGGCUGUAACUUUGAGGGUUUAACCGUUCGGCUCUGGAACUGGUUCGAGAGAGAGAUGGGAAGGAGGAUACUGAACGAUGCGUUAAGGUCAAUAGUGAAUGCUGAGAGGAGGGGCAAGGCCACGGUGGAACUGAAACCAAUCUCCACCGUCAUAUCUUCCUUUCUUAAUAUCAUGAAAUAUCGAGGAUAUAUAAAGAACUUCGAAGUUCAUGAUCCACAUAGAGUGGGGAGGAUAACAGUUGACCUGCAGGGAAGGGUAAACGAUUGCCGGGCACUCACUUACAGGCAGGACAUCAAAGCAAAGGAUAUCGAAAAAUACAAAACACUUAAACUUCCAACUCGUCAGUGGGGUUAUGUUGUGAUUUCAACUCCGGAUGGAGUUUUGGAUCAUGAAGAAGCCAUUCGAAGGAAUGUAGGUGGGCAGGUUCUGGGUUAUUUUCAUUAGACUUGUUUAUCUUUCUGAUAGUUGUUUGAGCUGUGCUUUAUCUCUGAACUUUCAAUCAAAUAUCUAUCUGAAUUUGGUAUCGUUUAAAACAGAAUAUUAGAAUAUAUAACUUUUGUUUUGAUGCCCGUAUUUGUAUUUGAGGAUUAGAAUUUUAGUGUUUGCUCCAUUGGUAGCCUGCUAUCUAAGGUUUUUCACUUGAAAUGUCAUAAGCUCAUUCACAUA